AUGGAAGUAUCCCACAAUCCUUUGCGCUUCAAAAUAGUUGCCAGUCAUUGUAGCAGCAGAGUGAGGUGACAACGCAGAUCUUGUAUAAUAAUCUAGAUACCUCAGCGAGUUCAGGUUAGUAUUUCUCCCUCCCGGACACCAUGAAGGAGACAGCGGCCAAGCGGCGCGGGGACAAAGCGGCAGGUAAAGACUCUAAAGCGGAGAAGCAGAAAGCUCCGGAGCCGCAGGACGUGGAGAUGACGCCGGAGGAAGACGCAGCUAACGCGGCUAAACAACCCAAAGAGCUGGACAGCCUCACCCUGGACGAUAUCCGAGAACAUGUGAAGCAGAUAGAGAAGGCGGUGUCGGGGAAGGAGCCUCGCUUUGUGCUGCGAGCCCUCCGAGCGCUGCCGUCCACCAGCCGCCGGCUCAACACCAACGUCCUGCACAAAGCCGUCAACGGAUUCUUCACCAACAACACCAACACCAGAGACUUCCUGCUCAGUUUCCUGGAGGAGCCGAUGGAGAUGGCAGAAGGAGACGUCCAGUUCCGUCCCAGGAUGGGUAAAUCGGCGGCUGCUCCUCUGCUGCCAGAGGUGGAGGCUUACCUGCAGCUGCUGCUGGUGGUUCACCUGACCAACAACAAGAGAUACACAGAGGCUCAGAAAGUGUCAGACGACCUGCUGCAGAAGAUCGGCUCAAAGAACCGCAGAGCUCUGGAUCUGGUGGCUGCCAAGUGUUACUAUUACCACGCCAGAGUGUACGAGUUCCUCCACCAGUUUGACUCCAUGCGCAGUUUCCUCCACACCCGUCUGCGUACGGCGACUCUGCGCCAUGAUGCCGACGGCCAGGCCGUCCUGCUGAACCUGCUGCUGAGGAACUACCUCCACUUCAACCUGUACGACCAGGCCGAGAAGCUGGUGUCCAAGUCUGUGUUUCCUGAACUCGCCAACAACAACGAGUGGGCCCGCUACCUCUACUACACAGGUCGUAUUAAAGCGAUCCAGUUGGAGUACUCUGAGGCUCGCAGGACUCUGACCAACGCUCUGAGGAAAGCUCCACAACACACCGCUGUGGGCUUCAAACAGACGGUCCACAAGCUGCUGAUCGUGGUGGAGCUGCUGCUGGGAGAGAUUCCUGACAGACUUCAGUUCAGACAGCCGUCUCUCAAGAGGUCUCUGAUGCCCUACUUCCUGCUGACUCAGGCGGUGAGAACCGGUAACCUGGCCAAGUUUAACCAGGUGUUGGAGCAGUUUGGGGAGAAGUUUCAGACCGACGGGACGUACACUCUCAUCAUCCGCCUGAGACACAACGUCAUCAAGACUGGUGUGCGUAUGAUCAGCCUGUCGUACUCUCGUAUCUCUCUGGCCGACAUCGCCCAGAAGCUGCAGCUCGACAGCCCAGAGGACGCAGAGUUCAUAGUCGCCAAGGCGAUCCGUGAUGGAGUGAUCGAGGCGAGCAUCAACCACGAGAAAGGCUUCGUCCAAUCAAAAGAGACCAUGGACAUCUACGGCACCAGAGAGCCUCAGCUGGCCUUCCAUCAGAGAAUCUCCUUCUGCCUGGACAUCCACAACAUGUCUGUCAAGGCCAUGAGGUUUCCUCCUAAAGCUUACAACAAGGACCUGGAGUCAGCAGAGGAGCGUCGGGAGCGUGAGCAGCAGGAUCUGGAGUUCGCCAAAGAAAUGGCUGAAGACGACGACGACAGCUUCCCAUGAUCCUCUCUGCUGACUUCCUGCCUGCACCCUGACGACAGUAGAUCAGUUAUUACCCACAAUCCCCCUCUCCUCUCCUCUCUCUUCCUGUUUUCCUGCUGUAACCUGUGAACUGUUGGUUUCUCUCUCAUCUCUGAUGAAUAAAAACACUUUGGGUUUGUUC